AUGAGCAGCAGUACACGCUAUUUUGAAUCAUUACCAUUAAAGUUGAAAAACUUUUUUCAACGAUAUCCUCCAGGUAGAAGCAAAUAUUUGACUCAUCCAACAGACAUCACUUCCCCAAAGGCAAACCCCUUCUUAUCAAAUAGGAAUCCUGUGACGGGUAAGUUCAGAGAUCCUGUCUAUUCUCGUCGUAGAAUGUCAGACAUCGUUAAAUUGGCUAAAAGAUACGGUAUCGAGGAUCUAUUACCUGCUUGGCAACCUGUAAAACUGUUCCAUAUGGAGAAGUACGAAAGAAAACGUUUUAUGAAGGGUGUAUUGUGGCCAAAAUUACAUAAACAUGAACGUGAACCACGUACCAUAAAAACUGAUGAAGAGAUCGAUUCAAUUUUGUCUAAAGCUAGAACAAAAUCAAAGGGUAAGAAAAAGAAUAAAACAAAUGCAAAAACAAGGACUUGGAUUUAA